UGGGCUUCAUUUGCAGCCCCCGAGAGAAGAGGGAAUUUGAAAUGCAGGGUUAACACUUAUGUUUCCAUAACGAAAUUACUUACCCUUCAUUUCUCUUACGCUCUCCGAGUUAUUGGCAAAAGGACUCAAUCAAAAAGAUUUUCUCUUCAACUUCUAAGAUUCAAUAAAAUAUGGCAGUGAAACCUACAGUAGCUUUGAGGGCUGUACUUGUAGGAGGAAUAGCUGUAUUUGCAAAAGUAGCUGGUGCAAUGAAGGCUGCUGGUGGUGCCAAGCUGGGUGCAGCAGCAGCUGCCAUGACAGUGGCAGCAUCUGCUGCUUUGUCAGGAUCAAAACAGGACUCAAAAGAUGAAUCUAAGCAAACGUCAAAAUGAUCAUCCCUUUUUCCUUCUUUUAUCAGCUUCUAGACAUUUGUAAUGUAUGUAGCAUAGUUGGCUGCUCCCGUGAGCUUGUUGGGAGCAAAUGGCUAUGUGUGAAUGUAAUUUUGGUUAUCACACAGCUUUUAAAUCACUUGAAAUAAGAGAAACCUACACCGUUGAAAUGAAUUAA